UCACAUGUAUACUCAUACUGAUACAAUACAAGAGUUUUCUAAUCAUACGUUUUAUCAUGAUCACGGGUAUAUUAAUUUUACAACAAUGACGAAGUGAACAUACAUGUAUGUAGUUAUCAUCCUCCCCUCUUCCCGACUUCAUCCGUCAUAUAUACAUCCAUUAUUCAUCACAUUGUUAUCUCUUUACGCUAUCUCAGACGAAUUAGCGUAUUACAAUUUUAGAAAGUCUCUUGUGGCAGUAACUUUGUAUCUUUUGCAAGCGUGAAGAAUUUAUACAAAUGCAUCUGAUCUUAUACUGUUUACAUUACGUUUUGCGAGCCACAUCGUAUAACCUUUAAAAUAUCGCGUGACAACAGUUUCAUUUCAUCGAGUGGUUUAUCCGUUCUUAUAGAAAUUUCUCCAAUUAUAUAAAAUAGUAACAUGGCAGGGUGUUACGACAAAUUAUCUUGGACAGAAGUACGGGAUUUAUUGAGAACUUGGAGAGAAGAUUCCGAACGACGAAGUAAAGAUGUAGUGGACUUUUGGGAAAAUGUAUUAAUAGGAAAGAUUGAUCGUUUAGGCAAUGAAAAAUAUUUGGUUCUGGAACAAGUAUGUGUAGCAGCAUUGGAUUGUUACCGUCUGCCGCUUGCUGAAUAUUGCAUUAAAAUUUUAAUGCGUGCAUUUCCAGGCAGCUUGCGUGUUCACAAAUACCAUGCCAUGCAUUUGGAAGCAUUAGAAAUGUAUGAUGAAGCAAUGGAAGUUUUGGAGUCUAUUAUAAAAAGAGAUGAGACUAAUGCAGCACCAAGAAAACGUCGUGUUGCUAUUUUGAAAGCUCGAGGACGUAUUCCAGAGGCAAUCAAAGAACUUACAGAAUAUCUAAAAAGAUUUAUGAGUGAUCAAGAAGCAUGGCACGAGUUGUGUGAUCUUUAUUUGCAAGAACAAGAGUAUUCCAAAGCAGCCUAUUGCAUGGAAGAACUUAUAUUGCAUAAUCCACACAGCCAUUUAAUUUACCAAAGAUAUGCUGAAAUAAAAUAUUCUCAGGGCGGAUUUGAUAACAUGGAGUUAGCGAAAGCAUAUUUCUGCCAAGCAGCAAAAUUAAAUCCAAAUAACAUUAGAGCCUUAUAUGGUUUGUUAUUAACAACAAACAAUAUUGCAACAUCACCUAAAUGCCCUGCAUCCAAGAAGAAGGAUGCAAUGAAGCUAAGCGAAUGGGCUAGUAAACAAAUUGAGAAACAAUAUGAAAGUAAAGUAUCGAAUGAAGAUGUUAAGAAUGUAGAACGUUUAUUAGGACAACUGCAACUUGAAGCUUAGGUACUGUUAUCUUUGACAAAUUGUAUAUUUAUUUUAAUUUUGUAACAAAAGUCAAUAGCAUAUGUUUAAACAUAUUGCAUAUAACUAUUUCCAAAGAAUCUAUCGAGCACGAGAAAUUUUUAGGUACAUUUUUUAGUUCUAUGCAGUUAAAAAAAAAGUUAAUAAAAUUCUGAUCAUGAUUAAUGUAUUGAAACAGUAUUAUCUUUUAUUCUAUUUUUCAAUUAUGUAAUGUAUAUUAUUAUGUCCCAAGAGUAUAAUUUUGUCUAAUGUCGAUAUAAAAUGCAUAUGUUAAUAUAUUAUUAAUCACUCAAUUAGUAAAUUCUAUAUAGUUUUCAGGUUUUAGCUGCACUAUAUACGUAAUUAUCUUCUAAACAUAUAUAUAUAUAUAUAUUAAUAUUUCUGUAUUUUACUGUAUAUGUUAUUAAGUGAAUGUAUAAUCAUCAUUGAUUUUGUAAUUGUGAUCACUCUCUCGGCUCUCUCUGUUGUCUAAUAUCAUUGUUGAUUUUCAUGUGCUAUAAAGUAUUGAUUAUAUCUGCAUAUAAAUAUAAUGAAAAUAAAAACGGCGUUGAUGAAUAAGAUA